GUUCCAAAUUUUAGUUAUACUUCUUAGACUUAUUGUAUAUCGGUCUAAAAAUGUCAGUUGCGAAGAAAAAAACUUGCUAGAUAAAAUUGGCUGUACUCCUACAUAUUGUACAAUUAGUCAAUUAGUGUUAAAUUAAUGCUAUAAUCAAUUACACAUGCCCAAAACUAGGAUUUAGGCUGUCAAAAAAUAUUUGCUCUUGAAGAUUUUGAAUACCCAUGUUUGAAACCCUAGGCCUGCCCCUGCCAUCGAUCCUUCUUAAUAUUUAGUAAGAUAGUCAGUUGCCAUAGCCAUGCGUACAUCUUGAAUGCUUUUUGUUUGUUUUUCUAGUUAGUAAUGGCAUCGGUUGGUUCAAGUUGAACCCAAGUCUGAGCUCUAAGGAAGAAGUUAUCUUAUUGCUGUCUUUUUAUUUAAAUUAGAACCUUGGCUUGUAAUAACCUUUUUUUUUUGAGCGGGGCUUGUAAUAACUUUGGUUGAACUCCUGUACGCUGUACUGCUGUAGUGCUCUGUUGCCGUGUGGUUGACUGGUUGCUUAGAUUCGAAUUUAGACAUUAGAACCAUGUUUUACUUUGCUUUAUGUGCUGAUGAUUACUAUUUUAUUUGCCUAGUUCAUAUAGGUAUGUAUGUAUAUACCGUAUCGCAUAUUUUAUUUGGAAAAAUGACGAAUCGCCGUGUCCGACACGCGUGUCGGAAUCGGUGUAACUUAGCCUGCCUACUCUCCUUCCCCUGCUUCCGAAAGGCGUUGAGUGCUUCUUUCUAUCUUUCUAUUGCUUGUAGAUAGAUGGCCACAAAACUCGAUCAGUCUUCUCCUGCCGAGCAUCGGCGACCAAAAUCCUCUGCACCACAAUCUUCGACUCCCAAGAUCUCAAUAUUCGGGACAAAAGCUGGAUUCGUCAUACCCAAGAAUAAGCUAGCCGGCUCAAUUGUAACCAGGGGCGCCACUUCCAAGAAUGAUACAGCAACUGCAUCCAAGGAAGAUAACAGCAGGCAUGCUCAGAGAAAGACAAAGUGGGGGCCUGACCUCGCCGCCGACCCUGCUGUGUGCAAAGGAAGGGCUUUGGCCUACCAGACUCGAGUGGAGCAAAUUACCAAGCAGCUGAAAUCUGGAACUUUGGAUAUGGACAAAACUGAAGGUUCAAUGUCCACUGGAAAAGGGUCAAAUUCUGCUGGCACUGAAAAUCUGAAAGACAAUGAGCAGGGAAAGGUUGAGCUAUUGGAACUUGAAAGAAGCGAAAUUAUUGGUGAAAUACUCCGUCUGAAUCCGGGAUAUAAGGUGCCUGAAAACUACAAACCAGUACUUAAGGAGACAAAAAUCCCUCUUCCGGCAGAAGCACAUCAAGGACAUGAUAUUAUUGGAGUUCUUAUAGGACCUGAGAGCAAUACCCAGAAGCGACUACAUGAAGAAACUGGAGCUGUAAUACAAGUUUAUGGGACUAAGAAAAUCAACGGAGAGAUGAUUGAGAUUCAUUAUCAAGACAUAAAUGAAGCUCAAGCUGCUUAUGAAGACCUACACAUCAAUGUCUCAGCUGACUCUUAUGAUAAAGUAGAUGCUGCAGUUGCAUUGAUUGAGCUGCUCCUGGCUCCUGUUUCUGUGAAUUCAACAGCUACUUCAACAACUACUACUGUUUCUUCAGCCGUUACCUCCAGUGAUGUAAAUCCAGUGCAGAAUACCACUUCACAGCAAGGUUUGCUUCAUUACCAAUCGAAUAAUGCUCCUUGGCUGUCCACUCCCCAGACCUAUGGUCCAUCAGUUCCUUCAUCAGGGCCUGUUUUGAGUACAUUACCUAACAAUUCAUUGCAACCACAACCGCUUGCUGGUUCUUUCAGUAUUCCUCCAUAUACAGGCCAACCUCUUCACACGAAUAGCAUGCAAAAAAAUCCAUUUCCUGUUCCUGGACCUCAGCAACCAAUAUCAAGCAUUCAGCAUCAUCCACCUCAGUUCCGAGCUAACUCCUCAUUUGGGCCUUUUGGUCAACCGCCUGGAAUUGUAAACCCACAAAUGGCACCAUCUUCCUCAGUGCCACCACCAGUUAGACCCCUUCAAAUACCCCAUGCAUCUGGUGGAUGGCCAUCUUUUUCUCCCAUUACGUCGCAAUCUCAGUGGCCUCCUCAAGCUUCACCAACUUUUAUGCCAGUGAGACCUCCUAUUUCCGUGUCUCCUCUUGGUGCAGCUCCACCACAAGGUCCCGUUGCACUGACACCUCCAUCAAAUAUCCCCACCAUGUACCACAGCCAGCAGCCAGCAGUAUCAAAUUUCACUUGUUCAGCACCAUUGGUUUCCAGGCCUCCUGUUGGAGCUCAGCCCUUUUCUACAGUUGCGCCUCAAGGUCCUUCCUCGGUAGCAUUUCCUGGUGGGACAUCAACACAGUCAGCUUACCCACUUUCCAUGCAAGUGGUUUCAGCACCUGGUCAAAUGAGAGGCCUACCUCCAGCUUUCUCUCAAGUUGGACCAACUCCUGGCAUUGUGCCUCCAUUGGUUGCAUCUUCCUGCCCACCUGCCUCAGGUCCUGCGAGCACAAGCUGCAGUCGGGCACCAAUUGGAGCUUUGAGACCUCCACACCCAGUGGCUGGUGAUUUUACCUUUCAGCCUGCUGUGUCACCUGCUCCUACUCCAGACUUUGCAGCAUCAGGCAGUCAAAUGGGAAUACAAGGCAGAAGUCACCCUGGCGCACUAUUCUUCCAUCCUGGCAAUCAGAGCCCCAAUCAAAGCUUCCAAAGGCCUUGUGAUGGCAGGACAAUGAAUAUUAUGGGUCAGGCUCGGAUGCAUGCUCCACCUCCACACUUACAUGGAGCCUUCCCCAGGAACCCAUCUCCUCUUGAGUUACCUGGGGGUUUCCCGGGGAUCCCUCCAGCAGUACAAGCACCUCAGAUGCCAGCACUGUCAAAUCCAUCGAGUUUCUUGCCUCCCCGCCCAUUUCAGCCGAGGCCGUCAUUGCAACCGAAUCCAUUUGCGAGCAGAAGCAGGCAGGGUGGCAAUCCAAUCUACGAUCCUUUUGCACCAUCGGCAGCUCAGAAAGCAGAGGCGUCGGACCCUGAGUACGAGGAUCUCAUGGCAUCUGUUGGCGUGAAGUAGCGACGACUGCUGAGUGGUGUGUGUGGUCAAGUCAGCCCAAGCUGUGUGUUGUGUGGUGACACAAACAGAGUUGCCUGAGAUGUACUAGUAACUAGUUAGUUCAUUUACCCUCAAAAAAACUAGAUAGUUCAUUUGCUAUAUACUACUAUAUUUCUAGUCUAGAUAGUAAGUUGCUAUCGAACACACAUGUCUGAAAGGAGGAGUGGAAUCCCUUGCCGUAGGUGAAGGGGGUGUCAAGGUCGUUCUCGGCAGCAGUUGAUGUUUAUUUUCUGGAGAGGAAAGCUGUUAUGCUGUUAUUAAAAAGAGCUAGCUGAAAGAAGGUUAUUAUAACUUAUUAUUAUUAUUAUGAGUUUUGCUCCAGUGGUCCCUU